GACAAUGGUCGCCACAGUCUUAAAAAUGCUCCAAAAAGACAUUCCUGGGAAAGGUGCUGAAGGAACCUUUCAGAUAUUGGUUGGCUCCUUUGUCACGCCGCUGACAGCCAUAGUCCAGAUGAAUGCCAAAGCUGUCCUCUCGGUGUAUGGCGAAGACGAGGCACAUGUCAGGUAGCGAUGAACCGUCGGAGAUGAAUGCAUCGUUGUGUUAGGACUGCGGGGCGCGAUGGCAAAGCCACGCGAUCCGUAACAACUCUUCACCAGGCAGCAGCCGGCAGCAUCAGCGGGGUAGCACCAGUGUCGGAUAAAAGAGGGAGCCCAGGAGGGGAGGGAGCAGGAGAGAGAGGGAGAGGGAGAGUGAUGAGUGAGCAAUAGGAAGGUGAAGCUGGGCUCCCAUCAGGAUCCGAUGAUUAAAGGGCAGCUGAGCAAGCCGCUGCUCUCCCUGCGCAGCGACAUGAGCGCAGCAGAACUCCGGGCGGACGGCAAAGCGGCCACCCCAGACAGCGAUUUGAACGACGAGCCCCUGCUCCUGCCCUCUGAGGCCACGGACAGAGAGGGCACUCCCAACAAGCUGUACGGAGCUCGUGAUGGAUCAGUUCAGUCUGACGCCAGCAGCAGUCCGUCUGAGCAGAGUCACCUGGGACAGCCUCACCCAGGAUACCCGAUUGGCCCACAGUCUCUCCUGGUGGCCCAGCAACUGGCCAACGCAGUGGGUGGCGUGAUGUCCGGUGCGGCGCCAGGCUUGAAUCAGCCCAUCCUCAUCCCUUUCAACACGGGCGGACACCUUGGCGGACAGCAGGGUUUGGUGCUUUCUCUGCCCACGGCCAACAUCCAGAGCCUGGUGGCUGCUGCCGCUGCGGGGGGAAUUAUGACGCUUCCCCUCCAGAACCUGCAAGCUACCUCAUCACUGAACUCCCAGCUCCAGCACCUGCAGCAGCUCCAGCAAAUGCAGCAGCACCACCACCAGCAGCAGCAGCAGCAACAGCAGCACCACCAUCAUCACCAACAGACUCACUCCCACACCCAGAACCAGCUGCCACCCCAGCAUCAUAUGACCCCACCCAGCCAGCAGCAGACCUCUGUACCAUCUCCAGGUUCCACCUGCUCCUCCACCUCUGGACACCCGCAGCAGUCCCCACCACAACGGCCGAAUCAGUCACCAGCUCGCAGCCUUCCCUCCCCGGUCACUCCACCCAUGCCUCUGCCGCUGAACCCCCUGGCUAGCCAGGCAGCGGUGGCAGCGGCAGCUGCCAUGGGGUCCAUCGCUGGCUCUCAGGUGUUCAGCAACACCCUCUCAAACCUGCAAGGGGCCACCGGGCAGCUUGUCACAAAUGCACAAGGACAGAUAAUAGGAACAAUCCCACUGAUGCCCAACUCUGCAGGGCCCUCCAGCCAAUCAGGGGGUGGCAACCCAGCACUGCAGGUACAGCCAAUUACUCCUCAGCUUCUGACCAACGCUCAAGGCCAGAUCAUCGCCACGGUGAUCGGCAAUCAGAUCCUGCCUGUCAUCAACACCCAGGGAAUCACGCUGUCACCAAUCAAGCCCGGACAGCAGCUGCCUCAGGCUCAGCAGGGUCAGACAGGCCCUGCAUCGUCUCAAGCCAACCUGCUCCACAUGCCCCACAGACAGAGUCCUCUACACCAGGCCUCCUCCUCCUCCUCCACCUCCACCUCCUCAUCUUCCUCGGCGCUCAGCGUGGGGCAGCUGGUCAGCAACCCACAGACUGCCCCCAGUGAGGUGGACGGGGUCAACCUGGAGGAAAUCCGCGAGUUCGCCAAAGCAUUCAAGAUCCGCCGGCUGUCCCUGGGCCUGACGCAGACCCAGGUGGGCCAGGCACUCAGCGCAGCUGAAGGCCCGGCGUACAGCCAGUCUGCCAUAUGCAGACACACCAUCCUGAGAAGCCACUUUUUCCUACCACAGGAAGCCCAAGAGAGCACUAUAGGUAGCAGUCUGACAGGCAAACUGAACCCUGGCCUUUUAUAUCCUGCCAGGUUUGAGAAGUUGGACAUCACCCCUAAAAGCGCCCAGAAGAUUAAGCCUGUUCUGGAGCGCUGGAUGGCCGAGGCUGAAGCCCGCCACCGAUCCGGCAUGCAGAACCUGACUGAGUUUAUUGGGAGCGAACCCUCGAAAAAACGCAAGCGGCGGACCUCUUUCACCCCACAGGCGCUGGAGAUCCUCAACAGCCACUUUGAGAAGAACACGCACCCCUCCGGACAGGAAAUGACGGAGAUAGCCGAGAAACUGAACUAUGACAGGGAGGUGGUGCGCGUGUGGUUCUGCAACAAGAGGCAAGCCCUGAAAAACACAAUAAAGCGCUUGAAACAGCCCGACCUCGGCAUGGCCGCGCCAAUGGACCCUCUCACCGACUCUCUGGAGGAGCUCCCCAAGUGAACGAGCUCUCUCAGUAGCGUAAAAUUGGCAGCCGUUACCAGGAGAAAUAAAGUGGAUGAGGACUGAAAAAUGUUGGCGAGUCGUCGCGAUGGAUAAAAACUUUGUGUUGUCAGUGUGAUCACCACAGUUCUGUAAAUGACCUCUGCGAAAACCAAAAACAUGAAAAAGAGAUUAAUAUGUGAGAAUUAUGUAAAAAAAAAAUAAUAAAAUUAAAAAAGCAUUACGGUGUGCUGUUUUAAAGAGUUUUAGAUCCAGAACUGUCUCCCUAAUUCUGGUUCCCCACGAGGAGGGAUUUAGUAAAGAGAAACCAAAUCCAAACACUAUCUACCAAAGUCUGUUGCAUCUAACUGCUAAGAAUAAUUUUGUAAUGUAAAUGUGUUCUAAAUUUUUACAUUUGUACUGGCAAAAUCUAAGCUAUAUGUGUGAGUGUGAGUCCACAUCUUAUCUUUGUCCUCAAUUUUUGUUCUUCAUUGUUUGAAUGUAAAUAUUUAAAAAACUAAAAAAAAAAAAAAAAGAAAAAGAGGAAGAAAAUGUCUUCAGAUUAAAUCACUGACAAAGUUUUGGGACAAAAAAAAAUGAACCUUUGCUGUUGCAUUAUAAUGUUGUUUGCCUCCAGUUGUGUUUCAUGUAUAAAUAUUUUCAGUCACAGUGUAACUUUGUACAACUUUUACAGGUAUUUAUUGAUAAUUGGAUGAGAUUGUUACAGAAGAAGGAGAAGAGACGGAGGACUUUUAAUAUGACGGUGGUGAUGAUAGCGAGGGGUUUCAGUGUCGAGUCGUACUGCAGCUUUGUUUCUGUUGCCAAAGCCUGAUAGCCAAAGAACACACAAACUUCAGCUCAAGGACUGGGGGAGAUCUUUCCUUUUCAUUUCUUUAUAAUCACGUGGCUUUCUGCCUCCUUUUUCUAAAGUGUUUUACUCUGUGUUGGGAAAAAGAAAUCAUGUCAAACAGCCUCAACUGUGUCUUCUGUAAUUUCUUAUCAUAACAGCUUGUUAAAAAAAAAAAAAAAAAAGUUUCUUUUUGGUAAAUUUGCCUCUGCAUGUUUUAAUCAGACCACAGAUUUCACCUGACAUCUUAAAAUUAAAACAUUAAUCUGUAUUUUUCCUGAAAGUGAACAUGCUGAGCCGUUUAAAUACACCCUAACGUUGUGUAAAUGUGCAAGGUUGAAGUUGAACCACUGAGUCGUUUUUGUUGUGUUUUUAUUUGCUUGAAUAUCUCACAAAAACUGCUUUUCUGCAAAACAAAAUGGCUUUUUGUUUCUUUCAUAUUCUGAAUUUCUUUCAGCUGACUGAAGGUCGCUUCUGUUAAAUGAAGCUUUAUUUCAGUUUCUUAGAAGUUCUUUUUGAAAAUGUCCUCAUUAGCUUGUAUUUCUACUAUUAUUUAAAUUUUUUUCAAGAUCAGAAUUAUGUUUUCUGGAAUUAUUUGAAUCCCUGAAUAUGUCUCUUAAUUCACCCAGUUUUUGUGUUGCGCGUUACAUCGCCGUGCAAAAGUCUUACUACUCCUUGAACUUUUUCCACAUUUUGUCAUGUAGCAGACUCUGAAUUCAGUGUAUUGUAGUCCUGCACUGUGUUGGCCGCAGUGCAUAAUCCUGAAGAGGAUGGAAAAUGACGCAUGGCUUUCAAAGGUUUUUUUUACAAAUAAAAAUCUGAAAAGUGUGGCAUGCAUAUGUUUUCAGCUCCCAGAUUUAAACCACCGUUUCUCUGCAGUAACUUCUGCAAGUCUUUCUGAGUAAGUGUCUGUGGGCUUUACACAUCUAAAGGUUGCAGUUUUAGGCCCAUUGUUUAUUGCCUAACAGCUCAGCCUUCAGUCAGAUUGGAUGGAGAUCAUCUUUGUACAUCAACUAUCAAGUCCUGCCAAAAACUGUCAGUUAGAUCUACGUCAAGGAUUCUGCAACUUUUAUGAUCCAACAAGCCUUUUUUGCCACAAAACCUACGUGACCAAUAAAAAAAAAAGAUCGUUUAUGAAGUUUUUUAAAAGACUUACAACUUAAAAUGAAAAAAUGUCAUAUGAAUGACCACAUUUUCUUGAAAUUGCUGAAAAUGUUAAUAAAAACAAAUUGGUUUCUGCCUAUUAUACAUUAUAACAUUGCUUAUUCCCUUGCAGAUAGGACAUAAAAGCCUUAUUUAGUCAUUUUAUAAAUCAAAUAGCAUUAGUUCAAUGACAUCACUGGCCUAAGCUAUUAGGAGCCCCUGCGGAAGACCUAAAGAGCCAUCGCACCGGGGGCCUCAGGUUGCAGACCCCAGGUCUAGGUCAUUCUAACACAUAAAUAAGCUUUGAUCUAAACCCCUCUGUUGUAGCUCUGGCUGUAUGUUCAGGGUCAUACUCCUGCAGGAAGAUAAACCUCCAGCCCAGGCUCUAAUCUUCUGCAGCCUUUAGCAAGAUUCCUUCCAGGAUUGCCCUGGAUUUGGCUCCAUCCGACAUCCCUUCAACUGUCACCAGCUUCCUUGUCUCUCCUAAAGAAUAGCAUUCCCACAUGAUGAUGCUGCCACCAUCACUUUUCACGGUGGGCUUAUUAUCGUUUUGUAUGUAGGCUUCAACUGUAGUCUUGUUACAUGGUUGCUGAAUACAUGUGCACACCAGAUUUUUCAGAAUUUACAUUUGUGAAAAAAUUUGAAUUGUGUGUAAUCAUGCUUUACUUUUGGUUGGUCUAUCACAUAAAAUUACAGUAAAGCGCUUAGAAUUGUAUGGUUGUGAGUUGGCAAAAUGGGAAAAAGUUCCAGGAGUAUUAAUACUUUUGCAGGGCACUGCAUUUUCUUGUCAGAAAUAUCACUCUUCCGGGCAAAGUCUCGAUCCGUCACUCCCUUCGGAUGUUUUUGCCCUCACAGGAACAGAAACGAGGUGAAUGUUGAGGAUAAGUGUCACAUGUCAGAGCAAGUGAACUUAAUUUGAAGUGAGGCGAAAUUUGAUGCGAUUUAUUCAGAAUCAAGUGUCGGCUUGAUGCACAUCCCUCCACGUCCGUGUCGGUUAUCUCUGCUUUUUUCCAUGCCAGCCUGAAGAAUCACUGUAUCCCGUAAAAUGUCAUAGAAAAUGGUUUGUGUGUCGGUGUUUUUAAAAAGACAUCCAUUUACCUCCACAGAUCUGUUCUGCUGCUUUUAUUGCAAACAAACAAUUUCAGGCAGAAGCUGUGCCGAGUAAAGUCUGCAGAGGAAAGUACACACGUAGAUCAGCUCUGAGGCUUAAAAACACACACAGAGAAAGCUGUAACCAAAACCAAAAUAAAUUUAAACGAAGACACAGAAAGGAGCUAUGCCUUCGCUCGGCUUUCUAUCGCUGGACCAAAGCUCUAUAGUUAUGCACAUUGUACAGAGAUGUAGAUUCAAGAUGUUGACAAUCUUUAAAAACAUGAGCAGAAAGGAAACACACAGAAGUUCAUCCAAGGUUUACCUCAGUACUGGUGCAUUGUGUCCAUGUUCACUGCUGAAGUGGAGGAAAAGCCUUCUGUCGUGGACGCAUCACUCUGUGUUAUUCUGAUUUCUGACCAAGCCGUAUUUGUUUUAUAUGAUUCUCAAUAGUUUCUCACUCUGUGUUUUAAUUUUCACAGCUUGUAGACAUGUGUGAAGGAAGAAAAAAUAAUGGCAGCAGUGUUGUUCUUUAUUCAAUUCCAGAUUUAUUUGCCUAUCACCUUCAAAACGAACACAGAAGCAACUUUUGUUGGCAGUCAAAGAACUAGAAACCAAAGCUGAAGCCUCUGGAUGUUGUUUUUGUUUUUCUUUGUUUUCAUUUAGCAGACUGAAAACUGUAAUUAAUCUAUAGAGCAAUAUCUGUUUUGGUCGGGUUUGAGCAGCACUUUGUGUAUUUCUUACAAAACAAAAGAAAAGAGGAAAAAAACUAUUAAAAACAAGCUUCAAGUCUGUCACAUUGAUUUGUACCAUAAUUAGUAAUAAACAAUUGUUUGACAUGAAA